AUGACCUUUGCAAUGUGCCCGCCACCGGUGACAUUGGUUACUGGCCUGAAUGCCACUGCCCUGCUUGAUUUCUUUGAAGACCUGGACACGGACAGUGCUGGAAUGCUUGCCAGGUAUCUACACGGUCGCCUCGUGGUGUUGCAAGAGGAACAGAGAGGUGUUUGUGGCCUCGAUCUGGUAGGAGCGUACAUACGAUACCUGCUACGGGCCUGCCUGGUUGUGAUGGCACAGUGUCCGGCGACUGAACUGGAUCGGGGUCACAUGGAUACAAUCGUGGAGAUUUCUGAUGGUCUGGUCUGGAGAAUCAGGCUCAGGAUGUGGUACUUACGAGCGGACCAACUGCUGGCGGGUAACACCACUAGGCGUGACUUGGUCGCCCCUGAUGUGGUCUAG